AUACUGUCCGAUCCGGUCCUGUCCAUGCUCAACGACGAUCAAUGAUGAAAGCAGUCGAAAAAGCCAACAAAAAAGCUAAUGGCCGUACGAUGAAGCAAGAAAUUAAUGUACCGUUUCGAAACGCAACAGAUUACUUAAUUUACAGUUCUCUGCGUCAAAUUCUGAUAUCCUUGCACAGGGGUGAUUGUUGCUCCCCUCGUGCCACUGCCAGCAUCCCCUGUGGACUUCCAGGGAGUGGCGGUGGUGGAGGAGGCGGCGAAAAUAUGGUGCUUUGGGAGGAGGUUGAGAUUGGGGAGGAGGGACUGGUGAUUACGCAGGGGUGGCGGAGGGAAAUAGGAUUGUUGUUGGUAUGGCUGCUGCUGAGGUGGCGCGGGAGUGUGGAGGUGGGUAUGGUUGAGGUAAGUAGCUUUGGGGAUGAGAUGGUGGUGAUUGAUAUUGUGAUGUGGGAGGCGGAGCUUGACGAGGGGAUGACGACGGCUGAUAUUGCGGAGUGGGAGGCGGGGCCUGAUGAGGCUGAUACUGGUAAGGCUGCGGGGAGGAUGUCGAUGAUGAGUAAAGCAGUCGGGAAAAGUGGCUAUGCCAUGGAACCUUACCUAGGCCUCCGUAGUUUCAGACGCGAAGGUCAGCAUCGAGCAAUCGAAAAGCAUGGAGAGGCGAUUGACCGAUCAAAACGUCGUAACAGUACGAAACUUCAACAAGAACAAACCGGAGUUUUCGGCCACGUGACCAAAGUAUUUGUCACACAACAAAUGUUUCCAUGUGAUGCGAGCAAAGUUUUCGUCACAAAACAAAUGUUUUUGUCACACUAUAGGUAAAUGUUUUUCACGAGCAAAGUUUGAUGAUGUUUUUCCAAAAGUUGGUUUUUGUCCAGUGGGGUCCCUCAUACGAAUCUCAUUGAGGCCCUUCGGUAGUGGGAUCGCUUAUGAAAAAGCCGGGAAUUAGCCAUUUGUGUCCGACAAAACCCUUCUCUCACUACGUGAGAGUCGGGGAUUCACACGUUGGAUUGAUCGCAAAUAGGCUCUUGUGAGGACAUCUCGUUCGCGCGCGCCUCCGUCGGGGAACCUGUGUUGCCGUCAGAUGAGAUAACAAGCAUGGAA